AUGAAAAAAUAAAAUAAAAAAACAUAAUUAGAUGAAAGAGGAAUAGCUUUUAAUUUAUUUAAUUAUUUAUAAAAUGAAGAAACACAUACAUCUUCUAAAAUAAAAUAACCUUUUGUUAAUAUACCAGACACAAUUUAUUAUAAAUUUGGAUAACCAGUAAUAUGGUAUUUUACAGAUUCAAAUGGUUAAGUAAAGAAAAAAAUGAAAAAUAAUUUAACAGUAGAAGCUAUAUAAGAAUGUUUUUUAAAUAAAACACCAGAAUGUAAUAUAGUAGCAUUUUUUAUAUCAAUAAAUCACGUGAAAACUUAAGAUUAUAAAUUUGAGUUUUUUAAUUAAAAAUCUUUUUGUAAUUUUAUUAUGUUUAAAAGUUAUGAUAAAGAAGGUUAUCUAUAAAGAUUUAUUUAAUCAAAGGGAAUAUAUAAUACUAUCAUUAAAGCUAUUUGGUCUCCUUAAAUAUGCUUUUUUGAAAAAUAUGUAAAUAAACUUCCUAUUAAUGAUAUUUCUUUAGAUAUUUAUUAAAGAGUUAUUAAUAUUGAGACAUUUUAGAAUUAAUGUGAAACAAUUAAUUUAAAAGGAAAAUUUUUAAGUGAAAAAUUAGAUUAAUUAACAAGUAAAAUAUCUUAACAUAUAGAAAAAGUAUCUCCUUAUGGAAAUAAAAUCAAAUAAAUGGAACUUAUUUAUAAAAUGGACUAAAAAAAUAAAAUCUAUUUAAUUUUAUGUCAAAAUAUAAAAACUGAAGAAGUAGAAAUAUUUUUUUAUUUUUUUGUUUGGUUUAAAAUUAAUUUUUUUUAAAAAAAUAUAUAUAAUUUUAGAGUAUUCAUUUUACAGAAAAUAAUGAAUAUUCUUAUAGUAUACCAGAUUAUAUUAAUUAAAAUAAAAUUUAACUAUAAAGGCCUUUAAUUUUGA